CUGCUAAGCUUUCUACCGAUCAGGACCAACCGAUCUCCACACGUCACACAGCUCAAUUCCGUUUGUGUAUCAGUCUGUAUUUCAGUUGUAGAUAGAAACAGCAAACUGUACAAUUCUGAGAAAUCUGGAUCAAGCUGAAAAGUGAAAAUUGAAUCUGAAAAACUGAAAAAGUGAAUCAGAUUGAAAAUUGAGUCUGGAAAUUUGCAAAAAAAUUUCUAUCAAAUAGCAAUUCUCUUUCAAUCCUCUAUUCUUUAUAAGAUUGAAAUUGAAAAUUGAAAAAAGCUACUGCAGUCUUAAAAUCUAUCAGUGUUAACCUAUAGCUAUGGUAGUAUUAGCUGCUUCCAUAUGCACCCGUGGGGGUAAGGCAUUAUUGUCAAGACAGUUUAGAGAAUUAAGCAAUGAUAGAAUCACAGCACUUUUGGCUAACUUUCCCUCGUUGAUCUCCAACUCGUCGAGUCAGCACACCACCGUAGAAGAUGACAGCGUCAGAUACGUCUACCAACCCUUGGAGGAGUUCUACAUCGUGUUAAUAACCAACAAGACGUCCAACAUCUUGCAAGACAUCGACACAUUGCAUCUUUUUGCCUCGACCGUAAGCAACUUGUUGAGAAACGUCGACGAGCGUGAAGUGUUUGACCAUGCUUUCGAGAUCAUAGAUGCAUUCGACGAAAUCAUCAGCUUGGGCUUCAAGGAAAAUCUCACCUUGAGUCAGAUCCAAACAUUUUUGGAGAUGGACUCGCAUGAAGAAAAGAUUCAAGAAAUCAUCGAGCGUAACAAGGAGUUAGAGGCUACCGAAGAAAGAAAGAGAAAGGCCAAGGAGAUCCAAAGAAAGGAGUUGGCUAAGCGAAACUUGGAGCAGUUGUCGCAACUGGCCUCGUCUGGAGGUUAUGACUCGUUCCAAUCAUCGCAGGCAACACAGUCGUACCAGCCUACGUACCAGCCUACACCUAUUAUUGAAACUAACACUUCAACCAUCAAUUCCCACUCGUUAAGUAGCAAACCAUUGACAGGCAGAGGCGGCUUGCAAUUGGGCAAAAAGACAACCAGACCAACCACGGAGUCACACCAGCCGCUACUUGCCCAAUCACAACCUGUUUUCCACCACACAAGGCCACAGCCAGUUCAAUUGGCUGAAGCUACUCCUCCAAUCUCACAAAGCGCUUCUCCUGUUCCAACCAAUCUCAAGGUUCCAAACAACGGCAUAUUGAUCACCGUCAACGAGAAAGUCUCUGUAGUGUUGUCACGUGAAGGUGCUGCUGUAUCGUCUGAAGUAAAGGGUGACUUGCAGUUAAGAAUAAAUAACGUAGAGUUGGCCCACUCAAAGAUCUUGUUGGAAACAGGAGACAGGUCCACCGGAAUCCAAUACAACACACAUCCCAAGGUGGAUCGUAACUUGUUCACGUCCCAAGGAGUUAUCAGCUUGAAGGAUAAGACAAAACCCUUUCCAGCCAACGAUCACGCUCUUGGUGUCUUGAGAUGGAGAGCUGUAGGAAAGAAAGACGACUUGUCGCUAAUUCCAAUUGUCAUCAUUGCCUGGGUCAACUUUGACAAUGCUGGAACUGCCGAAGUCACGUUGGAAUAUGAGUUGUCCUCGGACUUCUUGGAUUCUCAUGCUUCUUCCAACGAGUCUUUUGAUACCGUAAAGGUGUUGGUGCCAAUAGCAUCGCCAGAUGUUAACUUGAAGGAAGCUGAAAACGUAUCUUACGACAUUAGCGAGUUCGGUGUCAUCUUCAACAUCGAAGGACUUUCCAUUGAAAAUCCACUGGGCUCGUUUGUUUUCACAAUUCCUUCUGAGGACGAAGACUCGUUAUUCCCCAUGGAAUUGCAAGUGGAAUUCUCCUCUACCGAAGUCACAGAAUCCGACCUGGCUCUUGGUAAGAUCAAGGUUAUAGACAUUGUAUCCAAUAACGAUGACGAAACAUCGUUGCCAUUCGACUUGCACUACAACUUGCAGUCAGAAUCUUACCAAGUCGAGUAGGUCCACUAGAAACAAAAACUUCCUAAACCUUUUGUAAAGUUCUUUAUAUUCUUCAAGUUGUAGCUUAUAUAAUUUAUACAUGCUAUACUCAUUCUAGA